CACACUACUGGCCUGUGGUCUACGUCACACUACUGGCCUGAGGUCAUCUGUAAACAAAAUGACCGCCGCUGCCAAAACUCGGGGUCAACGACCGUGAAGGCAUUGUGGGAUGGCGUCGGGUCACGCGAUGCACGCGUCACGUGCCGCGAUGGACGAACUGAUGCAGGACACCCAGAGUUCGGACAACGACUCGGACUUCGGACACGAGGAGUGCUCGGCCCUGCCAGACGCCUGCCACCGCUGCGGGAGCCGGGUGUAUCCGGUCGAGAGGGUCGACGUCGGCGCCCUCUUUCACCGGCGCUGUUUCCGGUGUCGGAUCUGUGGAUUACAGCUGACUCUGAGGACUUUUCACUGGGACCAAUCAACAGCGCCGGAUAUAUACUGCCACGCCCACGUACCGCGUCACGUGGGUUGCCUUGACAACGAGGCUGUUGGGAUUAAAUCUGCCAUGAACGCGCCAAAAAGGGGAGUAACAAUCAGCGAUCAGACACGGGGCAGUGUGUACAACCCGGGUUGGCAGUACGACGCCAACGCCAUGGAGUUUGCCCACUACAAGGAGAUCUACAGGAGGGGCAGGCAGAAGACAACCACGGGGACAUACAGGGACUUUGAAGAGUCUGGAAUAUUCGAGGCCCAGACGGAGCUGGAGAAGGUCCAGAAAGCCGAGGAGGACCAGUUGUAUCUCCAAAUACAGCAGGAGAGGAAGAAGAAGGUGAAGAGACUGGAGGAAGAGUUGAGGGCGGAGAUGGAGAGGUCAGUGAGAGACAUGGUGUCCACGUUUGAGAGGUUCUCCCCCCAGAAGGGCAAGACCCGCCUACAGAAGGAGACAGAGAGGCUUGAGGAAACCUACAGGAGGAAGAAGGAAGAAAAAGUUCGUAAAAUGAUCGACAGACUCAGCAACGAACAGAGAGCCAAAGUGGCAAGUCUGAUACAGAAACAUAGCCAGGAGAUGUUGUUGCUCAUAGCUGAAAGGCUGACGGCUUCUGAGGACCGAGUGUCCAGCGACUCGGAAGAGAACUCACCUACCAUUGACCUUUCAAGGCCACCGCCCGUGACCCCGCCAGAGUUCAAAAGGUCACAGCUGUUCAAGUCACCCAAAGAGUUUGAGAAGAUCGACAAUCACGUGUUUCAGAUCGUCCAAAAAGAAUACUCAACCUUCACGGAGCUGGUGAAAGAUCUGAUUGUCAUAUGCGAGACAGAUCUGGACAAGGCCAGGGCCAUCUUCCGCUGGGUCACGUGGACUGACCUGAACGAGCUGGAGGUGGAGGACACCGUCUGCCCUGACAGUCCCCUGGGUCUGCUGCGGGGGAUCAAGUACGGCACGGAGACCUACCACGACCUGUGCAGGAGAUUAUGCAGCUACGCAGGUCUAUACUGUGAGGUGAUUGAGGGCUAUUCUAAAGGUGCAGGCUACAAGCCGGGCAUGAAGAUGGAGAGCGACAGGUUCAGGAACUCGUGGACGGCGGUCAGCAUAGACGGCUCCUGGUGCUUCAUCAACUGCAACUGGGGGGCCCGCCACGUCAAGGGGAGUGAGGUGGGGCCCAGCAAGAAGAAGCGCGAGGGUCUGAGGCUAGACAGCAACACACACACCCACUACAACAACGUCGACAUCCUGCACGAGCAGGAUCUCAGCGAACCCCGGGGUGGGGACCGGCGGGACAGUCUGGAGACCCGGGAGAGUAGCGGGGUGCCUCAGCUCAAUGGCGAACCCAGUCUCGGUGGGGGUGGUGGCACCCCCGGGGCUGGGCUUUGUGGUGCGGGCGUGUAUGGUAGUACCCAGAGCAACUUAUUCGCAGGGGAUUACAGACAUCGGAACGGGAGCAACAGUUCAUUCAGUGACAACUAUGCCCGGUCUAAACUACAAGGUUUGUGUAGCAAUUCAGGUCAUCCACAGAAUUCUGGAUUUAAUGGAUAUAGCAGUCCUUACGCGGUUCCUAAUGGAUAUUCAAUGAAUUCAGAUCAAAACAAAUCGCAUAGUGUUCGGAAAUUGUUACCGGAUGGCGGAAGUAACAAAGAGAAUGGUCUAGAUGACGCCAGCAUCGCUUCCAUUGACGGCUUCUCUGGCCGCUCCCUGCUCGACGCCUUCUACAACAAAGACAUCAAAUCAAAGCUGGCGGUGGCCCGGCUGUCAGAUGGUGACACGGCCAGCUUCAGCAGCGGCUGCAGCAAGUCCAGCACGGAGAACAUGUCACCCUCCCAGUCACCCUUCGCCUCCAGCGGCUCCACCCCCCGCUCGGGCGGCGCCUUCAGCGUCCACUCGGACUCGUCGUCCUCCUCACACAAAGACAGCGACAGGUACUCACCCCCACAGUCGCUCUUCCGCUCCCGGCAGCCCGAGGGGUGCGGGGCCAUGCGCCCCUCCCCUCCCCAGUCCGUGUUUAGAAACUCCUCAGGGUCAGACAACUCCACGAGUUCUAUCCGAUCCUCCCCGCCCCAGUCCCUCUUCAGGGUGGCGCCCAUCCCCUACACCCCCUCAAAGACGUCACCCCCCAGCUCGCUGCUGAGAUUUGCAGGACUGACCUCUGGCUCUGCUGCAGGUGACUUCCUGAAGCAGACGGACAGGCUGUCCCCACCCCAGUCGGACUCGGAACGGUGGCGAAACAGCGACAGCUCCGGGGGUAGGUCAGAGCGACGUGACUCGAUCAGCACGGUGGGGGAGAGCCUGAUCGGUGAGGACCCGGGGACGGACCUGUCCAGGCAGCCGCUGUACUACCAGUGUGACGAGUUCUACUUCAUCACCGACCCGGAGGACCACAUCUACCAGCACUACCCCGACACCCCCGCCUGGCAGCUUCUGGAGGUACCUAUCACCAUGUCCGAGUUCCUUGCACUCCCCAUCGUCAAGUCUCCGUUCUUCAACGCCGGCCUCAAGUUUGCAUCCCACUACGACUGUAAGCAGCACACACAGAAAGGGGAGGUCACCCUCCAGCUGAAAAUCCCACGUCUGUUGAGUUUUGGCUACACGCUAGCUCACCGCGACAAGAGGACGGUGAGUCAGAGCUCACUAGACGGUCGCGUGCUGCUACGCAUCAUUGGUCAUAAAGCUAUGUUUACCAUAGCGCCCCCAAAACGAGGCCGGUACUACUUCACCAUAUACGUUAAAGACGACAGCGGUUCGGAUCUGCUACAGAGCGCCUGCGCUUUCUUGAUCACCUGCCGUGAAGGGAGAGAAACCAUCAAGUCCCCGUACCCUAAAGUGGCCUUUUUCGGACCCACCCUGGCCAUGUCGAGUUACGGCCUCCUACCCCAGACCCACAUCGACCCCCUGGUAUCUUACAACCACGACGACAUCAACUUUCAGUUCGCCGCUAGCCGGACCGUCCGGCUCUCCUACUCCCUGACCUUCCACUGCCAGCGUGCAGACGCCAUAGACGCGGACCUGCAGCGGUACGCCUUCCUCAGACACCGUGACGACACGUCCAUGGCGCUACAGGUCCGCUGUCCACACGUCGGCAAGUACGUCUUCUCCAUCUACGGCGCCAAGUCCGCCAAUCCGGAGGAGCCGGACGGCCAGUAUGAGUGUCUGUUCCGGUACCUGAUCGACUGCAAGCAGAGCGCCACCAACAAGUCCCCGCUCCCCCGUGCCUGCCACCGCUGGUGCCACAGCCAGCUCUUGGAGCCCGUGCACGGGGACCUCGCCACCAACUCCCGCGUCACCUUCCGCGUCAGGGCCCCGCUUGUCUGCGACAUGGCGCUGUUGAUGGGUGACGCCUGGUACCACUUCCGGAAUCACCCAGACCAUAUAUGGGAAGCGUCCCUGACGACCAGCGCCACGCCUUGUAUUGCCAAGUUGUAUUCCAGACUGAACAGAGAAACGGCCAGGUUCUCUCCUUUCUUGGAAUUCCAAAUCGUGGGUAAAAACACAUAAAGGUGGACUGGACAAGAUGCAGGUGGAACAGCCGCUCCUGUCAAAUGUACUUUCAU